CAUUGUGGGUCUGUAAACAAUGAUCUAAUAUACGAUUGUGUUUAUAGUUUUUACUUUAAUAAUAUAUUUGUUUGCAACAAUCCAUAACAGGUCAUGUUUGUCAAUUGUUUUUGAAAAUGGCAAGCAAGGAUGAGCCGAGAAAUAAAGAAAACGGAGAUAUUUUAAGAAAAAGCGUUUCGGAGGAGCCAAAAAGCUAUUUUCGCUGGGAACUAUGUUUGAUUAUAUUGUUUGUGUUGUGCACGUUCUUUCAUAUCGCGGCUAUUGUAACCCCAGGAUGGAAGAUAGUGUCCGUGGCGGCCGGAAAUUCCAGCAACGUGACGGCUUGGACGUCGGUGUAUUACGUGACGUCAUGCGUUGAAGCGUCCAAUCGAUCUGAAUGCGAAUCGAAAACAGCUCUGCAGACCCACAUAGAGACAUACCUAAAAUCAACUGAUGAGGUCGAAAAAGCUUCUUUAGAUCGGGACUACAAUCUGACGGUGCGUGGGCAGGUUGACGUCCAGGUGGCGUUUAUCCUGGUUGUCGUCUGCUUCAUCGUCUGCGUCGUCAGGUGCACUAGGAACGGCCAUCACAUCAGGGCAACUCUCGUCUGCGUUAUCCUUAUGACUGUGGCGUGUAUCUUGAUGUACCACAAGAUUUACGAAGUCUGCGUCCAACUUGCCUACGUCACAAGUUAUACGUCAUCAGUCGGUGGUCACGUGCAAUUGCCAUAUUCGCUGAUCAUCUACAUUAUAGCGUUCUUGCAAACGAUCGCCAUUUUGGUUAUUGUCGUCUGCUUAUUCUUUCGUGUCGUCAGGGAGAUACAAGGAACAGUUGUCACGUACCGGAAGCGUGAAAAGUCGUUAGAAGAGGAAGUGAGGUAUUUACGUUGGUGUCUUAAGAAACGUGACAGCCGGAACAGCGACAGACGGCCGACGCCACGUGACCGACGUCCGCGCGUGCAAAGUGACAACAACGAGCCGCCACCGAAGAAGAUCACAGUGGAUGAGCUGUUAUCGCGUUCACAUAGCGUCUCGGCACCGCGGCAAAAAACAUCUAGUGAUAUAACGCCUUUGGUAAAAGAGUUUGGUGUAAACACAGAAACACAAACAGAAGUUAGGGAUGAAAGUGUUGUUACUAAGAAAGAUGAUGCUGACAAUGUAAAACGUUCGCGCUCUUUUAAUGCGACGUAUGCGACAGAAAACGAGAAAGGUGUCAGGUAUCCAAAUCGAGCUCACUCAUCAAACACAUUGCCUAGAAAUGUUAGGCCAUUUAACUACAUGGACCCCGCCUCAGGGGAUGCAAAGGUAAACGAAACACCAAAGUGGCGAGACACUCAACGUGCAACUGAUUAUACGUACGACACUGUCCCACGGACAAAGAAACAACAGAAAGAAAACGCGACAGUUACCAGUAUGACGCCACCGGACAAAGACGGUGAUCGCUUUUCUCUUGAAACACUAGACCUGUAUUCAUUGUCGCCAACGAAAAGCCCAGCGCUAGGUGUCAAUGGCAUCAAGAAUGUUGGUCCCCAAGCAAAGAGCAAUCCGAAAAUCGAUAAAAACCUCAAUGAUAUGAAGAAAACAUUAGCAGAGACCCAGAGCAUAUUAAAUCAACUAAGGCAAAAACGCGACUCACACAAAUCACACCUGUCCCCAAACAAACAAGACAAGGAUGAUGAAGAUUACGUGUUGGAGAUCAAGCCCCUUCUGCCUCAAGGUCAAGGGCCCAGGUCCCCUACCACGCCCACUUCUGAGAGAAACAUUAAGCAAAACUACGCUCGCAACAACAAACCCGUUUCAGUGAAGAACCUCCUAUUCGUCGAAGGUGACGGGACAGCUGAUACGGCGAAAUUGGUACGGGGACACGCGAUAUGGGGGUACAGGGAUGACCAAGACUAUGAUACACCGAAGUCGCCGGCAUCCAGGGUGCCUAUUCCGAAGAGAAGAGGAGUGCGAAUGAAUGAAACAUAGAUGGAAUUACAUGGAAUGAUAUCAUAUUGGCUUAUUUUCUGACACGAGCCAUCUGGACAUUUAAAGUACAGGGAGAAACGAAGUCUAAGAAAUCUCGUCUUUGCGAACGAGAUUAAACGAGAAAGGCAGGCAUCAAACAGAGGCAAAGGAACUGAAGUGCACUUCCAGAAAUGCUUUCAAAGCCCAACCAGACCUCCAAGCAAGUCAAUAAAUUGUUUGUUUGUAUAUACAAUAGUUUCUCUCCGGCUUUCUUCCAGCGACUCGUUGGCUCCGCAUUGUUGGCGAAAUUUGUGACUGUCAGUGGCUAUGGUUUACAUCUAUGUUGUACGAAACGAUCUUGCGCUAAUAAAACAAUACU